AUGCCUCGACCUUUCAAUAAUAGGUACUCCGAUAGAAGGAACAAAACCUUAACAAAAAUACAAAUCCAAAAGAAGAAUGACAGAGUCGAAGAAAAAUACGAACACGGCAAAAUUGAAAAUGACGAAUUAUGGCCGACGUUAUUGUAUUUGUCAUCAAAUUUUGUGCGCGCAGUCAGUCUGGUACAACCUGUUUUGGCUCCACCUCCACCGCUUUUCUGGAACGAGACAUCGCAUCGUGCACUUUCACACACACAGAGCUUGAGAAAUCGAAAUCGAAAUCGAAAUUUGAAGCAAAGAAAACAAGAGUGGGUCCAAACGGUGGUCCAAAAAAGAAGAGAAAAAACAACGAACAAACGUAAACACCACCACCAAAUACCAAUCCAAUGUACCGUAGCAGCAGGUCCACGAACUCGAACAACGUCGCACUCUUCUGCCACUCCUCCCUCUCUUGUUUUGAUCAACACAAAAGCCACACGUCCAGCUAAUGAUGUUCAUCCACGUGGCUGA